AUGGACCUCAGUUGCUUUUCGCCUGAGCAGCUGAUGGUGCGUGAGUCGAUCAACAAGAUCUGCUCUGCUUUCCCAGAUGAAUACUGGGCUGAGCGCGAUCGGACGGAGGAAUAUCCGCACGAGCUCCAUGCUGCCCUGUCGAAAGAUGGCUGGAUAGGCAUUGCCUUGCCAGAGCACCUGGGUGGUGCCGGCCUGGGCAUAUCUGAGGCCACUAUGAUGCUGCAGACUAUUGCCCAGAGCGGAGCUGGCCUCGCCGGUGCCCAAUCGAUCCAUGCAAAUGUUUAUGCAACUCAGCCGGUUGCAAAGUUCGCCUCGGAAGAACAGAAGAAGAGGAUGCUGCCGCCGCUGAUUGCUGGGGAGUGGAGGACCUGUUUCGGAGUCGAGCACAGCUGGAUCUCGUCCGCCCAAGUAGCCCAGAAGAUGAUUCUCCUAGCUCGAACCACGCCGGUUGAAGAAGUGAAGAAACCGUCGGAGGGCCUCUCGCUCUUCUUCAUCGACUUUGACAGGGCCGCCCCUGGUCUAGACCUACGGAAGAUCAAUAAAAUGGGGGGCCGAAGUGUGGAUGCCAACGAAGUCUUCUUCGACGAGUACAGAAUACCGGCAGAUAGUUUGAUCGGAAACGAAGGUGAAGGAUUCAAGACAGUCCUUCAUGGGAUGAAUGCCGAGAGAUGUUUGCUUGCCGGGGAAGCACUCGGCCUGGGAUACGUUGCCCUGGAGAAAGCGGCCAAAUAUGCCAAAGAGCGAGUUGUCUUUGGGCGUCCCAUCGGCCAGAACCAGGCCAUUGCCCACCCCCUCGCUGCGGCAUAUAUGAGCCUCGAGGCGGCAAAGCUGGCAACGUACCAUGCCACCAAGCUCUACGAUGAGAGCAGAAACGAUUCAUCCAUCACACAACAGUCUGUCGGCGUAGCAUGCAACUCAGCCAAGUAUCUCGCAGCCGAAGCCGCCUUUGCCGCCUGCGAGCGAGCACAUGACACGCAUUCAAACAUGGAAAACCCAACUGAUCAAUCCAAUACUAUUCACAGGUCCUCACUCUUGGGGGAAUGGGCUAUGCCCAGGAAUAUCAUGUCGAGCGGUACCUGCGAGAGUGUUUCGUCCCCCGAAUCGCGCCCAUCAGCCGGUAUUAGUUAUACGAUAUGUGAAGCUGAGUAUCCUACUCGUGAACAGGAGAUGAUCAUGAACUUCAUCAGUGAAAAGGCUCUUGGUCUCCCUCGAAGCUAUUAA